AUGCCAGAAAGUACCUCCUUCUUCAUUGUUGCCGCCAAUGGCGGUAUGGUCGCGCAAAAGACCCCGGCAGGCAUAUACAACAAGAUCGCGGACCACACCAAUACAGCCCAACGGUGGACACUCGAGUACGGCGAUGAAGCUGGCACCAAGGUGGCUAUCCAGAACGUGUCAAAUGGACAGUGGCUGCGUGCAACCAGCGGAGCUGCGGCCGGCAAGGUUGACUUGGGCGACAAGCAGUGGUGGACCUUGGAGCAAGGUCGGGCGCCAGGAAGCUGCUGGAUUAAGUGUGACGACUAUCCUGAUGCAUUCCUCUGCAACAGCUACGCCAAUUAUACAGACAACAACCUGGUGUACAUGUGGCCAAAACAGCUGAAUUGGACACAUUCCAUGCUGUGGUACUUCCAAGAUGCCGGCGCUCCCGGGUGGACGCCAAAAUCUUACGAAGCUGGACUCCCCAGCGCGAAUGCUUCUGCAAAUAGCGCAGACGCGGAAACGCUUAAGCAGAGAGAAGCAGAUUUGAACCAGAAGGAGCAGGCUGUGGCCGCUAGGGACGAGGAGCAGAAGCAACUCGAGCAGAAGGCGGCUGAGGAGCAAAAGCAACUCGAGCAGAAGGCGGCUGAGGAGCAAAAGCAACUCGAGCAGAAGGCGGCUGAGCUCAAGGAGAAAGAGCAGGAUAUCUAUGGUAGGGAGGCAGCACUGAAGAAGGAAAUGGAGCAGCUCGACGCCAAAAAGAAGGAUUCUACCAAAACACAACCCGCUCCAUCGUCUAGCUUAGACGAUGACAACCGUCUUCAAAGGAGAAUAGAUGAUGUCAGUGCGCGAGAGAAGCAGUUGGCUGUGAAGCUGGCAAGCUCCACCAAAAAAGGCUUGCAGCUCAAUGCACAAGAGGAAGAGUUACGAAUGCGAGAGAAAGAUCUUGAUGCCAAGAUGCAAGCUUUCAACAAACGAGAGACACCAACCAAGGGCGGCACGGAGCCAGCCGAAGCCGAGAGCCUGCUCAUAGCUGAGAACAAGAAUCUGAAACUCCAGAUCCAGCUGCAGGAGCUCGGGAGGCGUCUCACGGAGGCAGAGAAGGCAGCUCCGAGCGUCAAUGUUACGCAUGUGGAGCAGCUAGAGAAGGAGAAUGCGAGGUUGAAAGACUUAUUGGCCCUGCAAGACCAGAUAGAGCAGAGCAGACCCAGUCCAGCACAGACAGAGAGACUAAAGAAGGAGCACGAGAGACUGAAGAGCUUGAUUGCUCAGCAAGUACAGCAUCGGAAGCUUAGCAGUCAGCGCUUACCGCCGAAAGACGCUGAUAAGGGCUCAGAGUCUGUUGACGCUGGGUCGUCAAAACCGCAGGCAAAAGGCAGCAUUCCCAAUCCUGCAACAGAGCUUUCGAACAAGCCGCUUACAAGACCCGCAGCGACUGCCAACAUGGGCACGCGGCUUUCGAAAGCCAGGCUCCCAACAGUCACCGGCGAGCUGACUGCCGAGCAAAGCGAGCAGGAGAAAUUGCGAGAAGAGAAUGCUAGGUUGAAGAGCGAGGUGCAGAGUCCGAGGCGGCCUACUGAGAGCAAUGCGCCGUCGUCGGUGGGAAAGGUCGCUUCAAAUGGCCACGCUGGAUUGGCUAAAGCGCCGCCAGCGUCCCGCAGUGGUGCCACCAAGCCGAAGCAGCAUGGCGACCUCCAACAUCCGCCAUCUGGUGCCGGCCACCAACGCCUCCCAACCACUCAAGCCAAUAGUGCGAGCAAGGCACGAGGACCGCAGAAGUCGACUGGCAAACCCAACACUUCGAGGCCAGAGAAGCCGAAUGGGAGACUCCCCUCAAGUGCGACAUCUGGAAACCCUCGGGCCCCUGCACAAAAAGUUGAGGAUACCGGCGAUAUUCAUAGGGUGGACGGUGACACAGACGACGGCUUACAUUUCUCGUGCGGGCAUGUCGCGUAUCCGGCGCCGAGGAAGAUCAGGAGGAAGAUGCUUGGGAUUCUGUACGAGUAA